AUGGAUCCUACUAAGAUUUUGUCGUUACUCGAACAACUUGAUGAUGAUAUUGAUGAUAUAGAAGAUGCUGUUGCUCCUUUCAUUCAAAAAACCAUUCCGGAAUUCGCAAGCAAGUUACCUUUGUUAGACAAGGCAAAACUUUAUACUCUCGUCACAUACGCUAUUGAAUCCAUAUUAUUCUCAUACCUACGACUUAAUGGUGUCAAUGCUCGUGAACAUUCCGUUUUCACUGAGCUUACGCGGAUGAAGCAAUACUUUGAGAAGAUAAAACUUACCGAGAAUCCUCCCGUCGCAGUCGCGUCAGAUAGGAGUCUUAAAUUAGCUAAAGGCGCCGCUGGAAGAUUCAUCAAGGCAGGACUAAGUGGAAAUGAUAAGUAUGAUUUGCAAAGAGCGGAGCAAAUGGCGAAGGAGAGAGCCAAGUCUCAUAUCAGAUUCGAGGAGCUAUCAAAGAAAAGAAAAGGGAAUGAAGAAACAACAACAUCCAAUAGUGCAAAAUCAAAAACUUCAGAUGAAUCUGAUGACUCCGAUUCAUCUUCUGACUCUUCCGAUGAGCCUGACGCAAUAGCACACAAGAGCAAAAAGUCAAAGACCGCGAAAGUAGCAGCACCAGUGGAGUCGAUGGAGGAUAGCUCUUCCACUUCCAACUCCAAAUCCAAAAAGUCUAAGCGGGGAGCCCAGGAGAAGAAAUCAAAGAGCAAGUUAAAGAAGGUCAAGAGCAAGAGCAAGAACUGA